AUGACACGAAGGAUAGAGGUUAGUCCAGACGCAAGACGGAGAAUCCAUAAUUGUCCUUAUUCUGGAUGUAAAAAAGUUUAUACUAAAAGUUCACAUCUCAAAGCUCAUUUACGGACACAUACAGGUGAGAAACCAUAUCAUUGUACUUGGGAAGGCUGUGAAUGGAGAUUCGCUAGAUCUGAUGAACUGACAAGACAUUACCGUAAACAUACCGGAGCAAAACCAUUUCAAUGCCGAUUUUGUGAACGAUGUUUUUCGCGUUCAGAUCAUUUAGCAUUACAUAUGAAAAGACACGCAACAAUGGAUCUCUAG